AUGAAGCACAAAAUUAGAAGAGUUCCGAAACUACUUCCGGUGUAUACAGCAAAUAUGGCGGCGACGGGUGUACUGCCGUUCGUCAGAGGAGUAGAUUUUACAAAAAAUGACUUCAAGGAUGGUAAAUUUCCACAUGAUGUUGCUGACAUGACUGGAUUAAGAUGGCUCAGACUUAAUAAAACUGGUCUUCAUAGCAUCCCACCAGAAAUCUACAAGCUGAAAAAACUGGAACAUUUUAAUGCAACAAGAAACAAAAUAGAAAAUCUUGGAGAUGAAUUGGCCAAUCUGAGUGCCUUGAGAACUUUGAACUGCAGGCAUAACAGACUCGUGGAUGAGGGAAUCCCCAAAGAUGUUUUUAGUCUAGAAGACCUGCAAGUUGUGGAUCUGAGUCAUAACAAUUUGAAAGAAGUUCCACCAGAGCUGGAGAAAGCCAAAAACUGCAUUGUGCUAAACAUUGCAAACAACAACAUUGAAAUGAUUCCCAACCAGCUCUUUAUCAACUUGACAGAUCUGAUUUUUGUUGACCUUAGUGACAAUCACUUAGAAACACUGCCCCCACAGAUGAGAAGGUUGACAAAUUUACAGACUUUGAUCCUGAACAACAACCCACUGAUUCACGCUCAGCUCCGGCAGUUACCUGCUCUUGUUGCCUUGGAAACUCUACAGAUGAGGAACACCCAGAGAACACUGGCCAACUUCCCAUCAGGCCUCGACACGCUCAGUAAUUUACAAGACAUAGAUUUGUCAGGAAAUGAUCUUCCAAGAGUUCCAGAGACUCUGUACAAACUGACAGCCAUUAAACGUUUAAAUCUCAGUGGCAACAAAAUCCAAGAGCUUUCUCUAGUUAUAGAUACUUGGGUGAAUUUGGAGACUUUGAAUCUAUCAAGAAACGACUUAACUGCACUCCCUGGCUCUCUGCACAAACUGUCCUCCUUGAAGAAGUUGUACCUUAACUCCAAUAAACUGGACUUUGAAGGAAUCCCAGCAAACAUAGGAAAACUUCAUAACUUGGAAAUAUUCAGCGCUGCAUAUAACAAUCUGGAACUGAUCCCAGAGGGGCUAUGCAGAUGUGGAAAGUUAAAAAAGUUGAUUCUAAAUGGGAACAGACUUGUAACAUUACCAGAUAUACUUCAUCUUCUUCCCGAUCUGGAGACCCUGGAUGUGAGGGACAACCCAGACUUGGUGAUGCCACCCAAACCAGCAGAGAUGAAGAAGAGCUUUGAGUACUACAACAUUGACUUUUCUCUCAACAACCAGUUACGAUUGGCUGGUGCCCCCACAGCACCCUCUACUGGACAAUCUCCUGUACAUAAAAGUGAUCCAGUUGCUAGAAAAUUGAGGUUAAGGAGACGCAGAGAUGGGCAAGAGAGCGAAAAAGUUUUAAAGGGAAUGAGGGAUGUAGCUAAAGAGAAGGAACACAUGCCUAACCUGGAGGAGGAAGUCAGGGAACCCCUGAAAAGAUUCAGUGAUCUUUUGAGGCCAAAGAAGUGGAAUGAGCAUCUACAGAAGCCCCAGCUAGACUACAGUGAAAUCUUUGACGAAGAUGUCGGACAGAUUCCUGGAAUCACUUGUUGGGAGAUUGAGAAUUUUCUGCCAAAUCCCGUUGAUGAAGCUAUGAAUGGGAAGUUCUAUGAGGCCGACUGUUACAUUGUCCUGAAGACUUAUAUUGACGACACCAACAGCAUCAACUGGCAGAUCUGGUUCUGGAUUGGAGAGAGAGCGACGCUGGACAAGAAGGCGUGUUCUGCCAUCCAUGCUGUCAACCUUCGAAACCUGUUGGGAGCAGAAUGUCGCACAAUCCGAGAGGAAAUGAACGACGAAAGUGACGAUUUCCUGGACCUGUUUGAGAACGGAGUUUCCUACAUAGAGGGAGGCCGCACAGCCAGUGGAUUCUUCACUGUGGAGAAUAUUGUGUAUGAGCCAAAGUUGUACAGAGCAUCUGGUGUGAAGAGGAUCCACUUAGAAAGGACUGAGCCAAAGUUGACGCAUUUAGACAGGAGAUAUGUGUUCAUGUUUGAUGUAGGAAUGAACAUCUUUAUCUGGACAGGAAAACUGGCUAAAGGAGUCACACGAACAAAAACAAGGCUUAUUGCAGAGAAAAUCAAUAAGAAUGAGCGCAAGAACAAAGCUGAGAUUUUAAUGGAGUCGCAAGGGGCAGAGUCAAGCGAGUUCUGGAAGGCUCUGGGCGAGUCCCCAACACCUCAUAUAGGGGAGUGUGUUCCUGAUGAUUUUGAGCCUGCUGAACCUCGCAUGUACAAAGUGGGGUUAGGAAUGGGCUACCUAGAGCUCCCUCAAGUUGAGAUUCCACACAAUGUUUUAACACAGAAGUUAUUGGACUCAAAAAAUGUGUUUAUACUGGAUUGCAAGUCAGAUCUGUUUGUUUGGAUAGGUAAAAAGUCAACAAGACUUAUAAGAGCAGCAGCCUUGAAGUUGUCACAAGAGUUGUGUGCCAUGAUUGACCGCCCCUCUUUCUGUUCAGUCACGCGGUGCCUAGAGGGGGCAGAGCCCCAGAUUUUCAAGACCAAGUUUAUAGGCUGGGAUGAUGUCAUUGCCGUGGAUUACACAAGAACAGCUGAGUCAGUCAUCAGAAGAGGAGCUGAUAUGAAGGUUAUUAUGGAGCGAGACAAGAUGAAGACUGACCUUUCUGCACUCUUCAUGCCCAGACAACCCACUAUGACUAUGGAGGAAGCAGAGUCCAUAAUGCAGGAAUGGAAUGAGGAUCUAGAUUCCAUGGAAGCCUUUGUUUUAGAGGGGAAGAAAUUUGUCCGACUUCCAAGUGAAGAACUAGGGAUAUUCCACAAUGAGGACUGCUAUGUGUUCCUGUGUCGUUACUGGGUGCCCGUGGAGCUUCCUGAGGAUGCUGAGGAGGGUGAGGAGGAAGAGGAGCUGCCCGAGGAGGACUUUAAGUGUGUGGUCUACUUCUGGCAAGGCCGCAUGGCCUCCAACAUGGGCUGGCUCACCUUCACCUUCAGUUUACAGAAGAAAUUUGAAUCUCUUUUUGGAGACAAAUUAGAAGUUGUCAGAACCCACCAACAGCAAGAAAAUCUCAAAUUCCUCUCGCAUUUCAAACGAAUGUUUGUCAUUAGAAACGGUAAGAGGAAGCUUCCUAAUGCUCCUGAGGAGAAACCUUCCACUGAAUUCUUCCACUUACGAGCCAAUGGCAGUCCUAUUGCCACUCGCUGUGUUCAGAUUCAACCUUGUGCAUCAUUCCUAAAUCCCAGAUUCUGUUACAUUUUGAUGGUGCCUUUUGAUAGUCAGGAUCUUAAAGGAGUUGUUUAUGUUUGGAUCGGGGGCCUGGCUGAACAUGAAGAUGCAGUUGUUGCUGAGAAGAUAGCGUAUAAAAUGUAUCAGGAUAAUUAUACGAUACAAAUGAUCAGUGAAGGAGAGGAACCGGAGAACUUCUUCUGGGUCGGCAUCGGAGGCAAGAAGCCUUACGACAAGGAUGCCAACUACAUGAAGUAUGCUAGAUUAUUCAGAUGUUCAAAUGAAAAGGGAUAUUUCUCUGUGUCAGAAAAAUGUGCUGAUUUCUGUCAGGACGAUCUUGCAGACGAUGAUGUGAUGAUUCUUGACAACGGAGAGCAAGUGUUCCUGUGGGUGGGCCGCAAAACAAGUGAUGUCGAAAUCAAGCUAGCCUUUAAGAGUGCACAGGUUUAUAUCCAACAUUUGAGAAACAAACAGCCUGACAGACCGCGUAAACUGCUGCUGGCCAUGAAGUACAAAGAACACAGAAAGUUCACCAAGUGCUUCCAUGGCUGGGGAAAGUACAAAGAGGUCAUGGAAUAGAUGCCGAGGAAGCCACUUCAUUCUAGAGGUCAUGGAAUAGAUGCCGAGGAAGCCACUUCAUUCUAGAGGUCAUGGAAUAGAUGCCGAGGAGGCCACUUCAUUCUUACCUUGCUAGACCAAUUAACCUAGUGCAAUAUGUUUUUACUUGGGAGUGUUUGUGAUACAAGUGAGCAAGUUUUGUGUGUUUUUUUAUUGCCAAACUCCUUAUAAAGGGAUUAUGUGUUAACUGCUGUGACACUUGUUCUAAGCCAUUACUGAUGCACGGACUUAACAAAGAUAAUCCAUGAACAUUUAUCAUAAGUCUUUCAUGUUUGUGUACAUACAUUUCCUAUGAUGUUAGCAUCAACUUGUUAAAUAAUAAAAUCCUUACAUAAUACUCAC